AGUCCUCGGGUGCCGGCCCCCGCCCGCCCCUGUCCGUUGAUAAUCCAGAUGCGCCCCUGCCCGCCUGCCAUCAGCGAGCAGACGACGAAAAGCAGCGAGCAGAAAUGACGGCGCCCGGCGACACCUACGACGUGAUCGUGGUCGGCGGAGGGAUAUCGGGGUUGAGUGCAGCCAAGCUGUUGCUCGAGAGCGGACUGAGCCCCGUUGUCUUGGAGGCCCGCGACAGAGUUGGCGGUCGAACGUUCACCACGCGGAAUAAGGAGACCAAAUGGGUGGACCUGGGCGGGGCUUAUGUCGGCCCGACACAGAAUCGCAUCCUCCGGUUGGCCAAGCAGUACGGCGUCGAGACGUACAAAGUCAACGAGCAGGAGCGGCUGGUGCAUUACGUCGACGGCAAGUCUUCCUCCUUCAAAGCGUCGUUCCCGCCCAUGUGGAACCCCGUGGUCAAGUUGGACUUCACCAACCUCUUCAGGACCUUGGACCAGAUGGGCUCGGAGAUCCCCAGAGACGCCCCCUGGAAAGCGCCCCGGGCCGAGGAGUGGGACAAGAUGAGCAUGCGGCAGCUCAUCGAGAACGUUUGCUGGACCAGCGCCGCCCGCCGCUUCGCCACGUUGUUCGUCAACGUGAACGUGACCUCCGAACCCCACGAGGUGUCGGCCCUCUGGUUCUUGUGGUACAUCAAGCAGUCGGGAGGAACCAUGAGGAUCUUCUCCACCACCAACGGAGGACAGGAGAGGAAGUUUGUGGGCGGCUCGGGUCAGAUCAGCGAGUGCAUGGCCAGAGAGCUCGGCGAUCGGGUCAAGCUGCAAUCGCCGGUCUACAGGAUCGACCAGAGCGGCGAGGCGGUGCUGGUGGAGACCACGGAUAAACAGAUCUACGUGGCCAAGUACGUGAUCGUGGCCACCCCUCCCGGUCUCAACCUGAAGAUGCACUUUAACCCCGAGCUGCCCCCCCUGAGGAACCAGCUCAUCCACCGCGUCCCCAUGGGCUCGGUCAUCAAGUGCAUGGUGUACUACAAAGAGAACUUCUGGAGGAAGAAGGGUUUGUGCGGCAGCAUGGUGAUCGAGGAGGAGGGGGCGCCCAUCGGACUGACGCUGGAUGACACGAAGCCCGACGGCUCCGUGCCGGCCAUUAUGGGAUUCAUCCUGGCCCGCAAAUGCAGGAGGCUCUGCGGCCUCACCAAAGAAGAGAGGUUCAAGAGGAUCUGCGAGAGCUUCUCCAGAGUGUUGGGCACUGAGGAAGCGCUGCAUGCCAUCCACUAUGAGGAGAAGAACUGGUGUGAAGAGGAGUACUCGGGAGGGUGCUACACGGCCUACUUCCCGCCAGGCAUCCUCACCCAGUUCGGAAGGGUGCUGCGGGAGCCGGUGGGCAGGUUGUACUUCGCCGGCACCGAGACCGCCACCGAGUGGAGUGGCUACAUGGAGGGCGCCGUCCAGGCUGGAGAGAGGGCGGCCAGAGAGAUUUUGUGCACGAUGGGAAAGAUCCACCGCAGCCAGAUCUGGCAGACGGAGCCCGAGUCCGAGGAUGUGCCGGCGCGCCCCUUCCCCACCAGCUUCUGGGACAGGAACUCGCCCUCGGUGGGCGGCCUGCUCAAGUUGGCGGGAGCGUUCGCCUUGCUGUCCGCGGCCGGCGUGCUCGCCUACAAGAAGGGCCUCCUCCUCCUCCCGCGGUGUUAGAAAGCCGCUGCCGCAUUCGUGUACUUACUUGGCGAGCGCCGCUUUCCGCGGGGAGGGGAAACGACCGGGCCGGCCGCCGUCUCCUCGCUACGUUUUGAAGACGGCUAUUCGAACGAGCUAAGCUAUCAUGAUAACACGCAUCCAUCUACACGUGCGUCGCCAUUAAUCCUCCAUGCCAAUGACACGAUUACAUGAGUUUGUUUUGUUUUGAACUGAUCCCGCUCGCUUUUUGUGCGUACGACAGCUGGUGGAGGUUGGAGCGUGGCUCUUUUGUUGUCCUUUUUAUUGUCAUCGUCAACACGUACUAAUGAAAACAAUGCACUUUCAUCCAUCCUUUGUCCUCUUUCGGGCUGCAAAUGAGUUGGGGCAAACGAGCGUUCACACCGAUGGACAAUUUCGACUUCUCCGUUAAGCUCAAAAGCACAUUUUUGGGAAGGUUUGACGAAGCCCGAGCACCCAAAUUCGAACGCCGAAUCCUUCGGCCAACUCGUGUUCCGCCGUUCUGCCCGGCAACACGAGUAAAAAAAUAAAGAAAUAAUGGAGAAGAAGAAGAAGAAUUGACUUCUCACUGAGCCACACCCCCCAAAUGCAGGCUGGCCAAUUAAAGUGCAGGAUCAGGCUACGUGGUCCUCUGCACCAAAUUUGAAUCCCGCUAAAAAAUAAUAAGAAUCAUUUCAAAUGAACGGGCGCAACUCGCCUUCUCCCAAAUAUUCAUAUUAGCGGUAAAAUGACAGUAUGCAGUUUUAUCUGUUAAAUGAAAAUGUUGCGCGACUACCAUGAGGGCAAAUGACUCGUUCUCCAUUUUAUGGCAGUUGCUUCAUUUUGAAUUCGAAUAACUUUAUUGGUCAAUUCAAUAAAUAAAACAUGAUCUAGCAAAUCAAAAUCCCAAAGCAGUGGCCCAUACAUGUAUCUUCUGCAUGACAUAACCAAUGGAGGUGUGAAUAUGAUUUCUUUUUUUUUUUUGACAUGAGAAAUAUGUUAUCCUGUCUAUUUUGACUUGAUUGCAGUUAAGCGCUGUACGGCUGCUUGUUAAGGUUGCAUUUUGCCCAACGUAAUGCAAGCGUUUGAAUGUAUUUCCUUCCUAUUGGUCCAUUUUUUGAUGUUCUUCAAAAGGGCACUUCUUAUUCUGUCCAUCGGACACCUUUUAAUCCCAAAUGUAGCUUAUGCAUCUUUUAAAUUUUUGGAUUGUCGUCAAUGUAAAUUAUGAAUAAAAGAUGGGUUGUCAUCACUUGAAGAAUCA